CCGAAACAAGAUGGCGGGAGCGAGCAGCCUUUCAGCCCUCCCGGCAAAUACUGUUCGCCUUAUUGGAAGUACACAAGUGAUAACAUCUGUUUUCAGCGUUAUCAAAGAACUAAUCGAGAAUUCGUUUGAUGCUGGAUCAACAAGUAUCGAUGUCAAAUUGGAAAAUUAUGGUCUUGACAAGAUUGAAAUACGAGAUAACGGAAGUGGGAUCAAGCUACAAGAUGUGGAGUUUGUGGCUCAAAGACAUUACACAUCCAAGAUAUCCUGCCAUGCUGAUCUAGAGUCACUUACAACAUAUGGCUUCAGAGGGGAGGCUCUAGCCUCUCUAUGUGCUCUAUCUGAUGUUUCUGUGACUACCAAGACUGCUGAUGAUGAUGUCAGUACGACCUACAGUCUGACCAACCAGGGACAGAUCUCCGACAAGAAGCCAUCUCACCUUGCACCAGGCACCACGGUGACAGCCAGCCACCUGUUCCGGAACCUCCCAGUGAGGAAACAGUACCACAACACUGCCAGGAAGAAAAAGGAAGAGUUAAAGAAAAUCGAAGACCUGUUUAUAUGUUAUGGUGUGAUCCGUCCUGACGUCCGACUGUCUCUCCGUCACAACAAGGAGUCAGUGUGGCAGAAGAACGUGUUGCCCGACCCCAAGGCCGUGCUGCUGAGUGUGUUGGGGAGAAACGUGAUGAAUAAGCUCAUCAAGAAGGAAUGCCACGAAACUGAUCCCGUGGUAGAUGUUGUGAUGUACAUCCCCUCCCCCGGCUCGGAUGUCCAAGUGAUGAGUAGAGCGUCCACAGACAGGUGUUUCAUGGCUGUCAAUGCAAGACCUGUCGAUGUCAAAGAAAUACACAAGCUUAUUCGCCAGUACUACUGCACCUGCCACAGUGUCGACACACUUCGUCACCCUGUCUACUACAUCUCUGUGAACAUACCACCCAGCCAGGUGGACGUCAACGUCGAACCCAAUAAAACCAAAGUCAUGCUGCAACACAUGGAUGUUGUCAAGAAAUGUAUCGAAGCUGAGCUUCUGUACGUGUAUGGUCCCUUGGACAAUCAGCCAUCAUGGAAGUACAAAGAUCCAGACCCAAGGUCAAGGACAGUGAUGAGAUCAAUAAUUCUGAGGUCAAGGAAAAGGUCACAAAGUACAUUUCCCAAAAAGCUUAGCAAAGAUGAUGUGGUAGAUAUUGACAAUGUUCCAGAUUGUGAUGAGACUAUGAUCAAAGAAACUCCAUCCUGUAAGAAAUCAUUGAACAAUAACAAUGAAGACAAUAACGGUUUCUCAGACAGUGACUUCGAGAUAUCUUUCAUGGAGUUUGGUGAUGAAAGUGUCUCGAAAGACAAACAGCUUCCUGCUUCAGAUCCAGGGGGUUCAAUAUCUGCUUCUAAUCCUUCUUCCAAACAUGGUGAGGACAAAGAUACAGCACAACUUACCUCAGAUGUGUCUCAGCUCAUUUCAGAUGCAUCAGUGAAAGAUGUAGUUGGUUCUGAACAUCCUCCAGAGGGCAACAAGGAUGUAGUUGAUUCUGAACAUGCUGCAGAUGGUGACAAGGAUGUAGUUGAUUCUGAACAUGCUGCAGAUGGUGACAAGGAUGUAGUUGAUUCUGAACAUGCUGCAGAUGGUGACAAGGAUGUAGUCGAUUCUGAACAUGCUACAGAUGGGGCUUUGGAUAAAGUCAUUUCUGAAUCUUGUUUGAACAGCAGUCAAGAGGUGGUACCGGUUGGUGUUGGGGAGUUCAGCAUCAGUGAUGAUGUGUUAGAUGAUACAUUCUCAGCAACACAACAACAGAAAAGACUCAAUCCUUGUUUGGUUACAUCUACAAAGAAAGUUAGUGAUGCUGUGUCACAUGACCCAGGUAACAACCUUGACAUUGACCUGACUAAAGAAAGUGUAUCUGGGGAGUCUUGGAGUAGAGGUCAAGGGUUGGUGUCUACCAGCGGACAGCCUGUUCAGCCUGUGACACUGUUGCCACCGACAACCAAUCACACGCCAGGAAAACGUCCACCAUCACCUUCCCAUGAUGCAUCAUUCAUCAAACAGUUGGGACCUCCCGAGAAGAAGAGAGCUGUUGGGGAGAAGGUGAAGACGAUGCUUCAAGGGCAGACAACUCUGUACGACCUGGUGGGCAAUGAAACUGUGAAGAGACAAUCGGCUUUCCAGUUGUUUGUCAAGGACAGAACACAGGAUGUUGUUGAGGAGCAUCCAGAUGCUGACCAGGAUGAAAUUGGAGCCAUUCUGAAACAAACUUGGAGCACGAUGCCCGAGUCACAGAAACAAAAGUACAGAACUCAUGUGUGGGACAUGUACAAGAAUGAAGAAAGAGAGAAGGAAUUCUCAACCAAAGGCAAGAAAAAAGUGGAAAAAGGACGUAGCUCUGUUAGGGAUCAUCUUGUUUCCUCAUCAAAAAACCUCAAGAAGUCCAACGAUCAAACAGAACACACCAAGGUCAGAGAUUUGGCCUUCAACCUGGAAGACCUCAAAAACAAAUACACAAGCGAUUUCAGACAAAGUCAAAGUCAAGUUUCUCACACUUCCAAGCUAACACUGAUUGGUCCCCUGAAGUCAUGUGGGUCCUGGGUAUGUAGCCGUGGCAACAAGAUUCUCCUGGCAAACCCUCACCGAUUGGCUGAGACUAUCCUGUAUCAUCGACUUCUGACUCAACAUCAGCUGGCACCUCGGCCUGUGGACACGCCCAUCCCACUGACAGUCAGGAGCCUGGGAGACGAGAGUCUGAUGACGACCUUGGAGAGUUUGGCCAAGGAGAAUUGGACUCCUGGACCGUAUGUAAACAUAGGAGAUGAGAGGAUAACAGCCAACGGCUUCAGCAUCAGAUGUCGGAGAGAUGUGGAUGGGCAGUUCCAGGCUGAGCUGGUUGGCCUGGCAACUAACAUUCCAAUGUAUGGUGUGGCAGAUCUGUCUGAAGUUCUUGACCUCAUCACUAACACAGAUGCCAGCACCCUCAAGCAGGCACGACCCCUCAAGGUCAUCAACUUUCUCAAGGGAGAGGCAGUGAGGAUGAUGCGGCAGAGCUCCGCUGAGCGAGACCGGGAUGAUCUCCUGGAGCUCCUGCAUCAGAUGGAGGUGGAUCUCCCCGAGGGCUGCUGCAGAUGUCUCCAUGACAAGACCUUCUUCCACCAGGUGAGUGACAAGACCUUCUUCCACCAGGUGUUUGAUGUGGGCAGCGUGCCUGUAGCGUGUGAUGAUACACUUACACAGGCCAGUCAGGACUGACAUCCUCGCUAAAAUGUUUUCUGUGUAUCUUUGAAAGAACUUGUCAAAUUGUCCAGCACCUACUUGUGUUAAAUGAUAGUGAAUCAUCCCAGGGUUUUUUCAAAUUUGGACCCAGUCUAAGACACCACAACAUUUGGCUAUGUAGAGCUCAGUUGCAUUCCUUAGGUGUUCCAGGAACCUUUGGUCAUAUUUUCAAAUACAUAUAUAUGAAAAUAAAUACAUAUGUAUAUUUUU